AUGCCGCCUUUCGCAUGGCAGACGACGCUGCUGGCGCUAGUCCUGGCCACGACGGCCCGGGCCGCCUGCUACAAGCCCGACGGCACAGAGGACGGCGAGAUGAAGCCCUGCGACCCGACCGCAAAGAUCAGCACCUGCUGCCGACCGACCGACUUUUGCCUGUCCAACGGGCUGUGCCUCGGCGGCGGCGGCAACAACGGCUUCUCGCAGCAGGGGUGCACGGCGCAGAAAUGGGACUUUCCCUGCCAGUCGUACUGCUCCGACAACAUUGCGCGCUUCAGCGACGGCUUCCACUACCUGUCGCAGUGCAGCGGCUUCGACAGCACCGCCAGCAACCUGUUUUGCUGCGGCGGCGACUACUCGUGCUGCAACAGGACCGACACCUUUGUGCGCGGCAUCAAAAAGUUCACCGCCAUGUCGCGCGCCGGCGCCGGCCCGACCUCGUCCGCGGCAGGCGGCACCGUCACCGUCACCGUCACGCCGACCGCGACCUCCCCGGGCGAGGGCGGCAACAACACCAAGACGGACAACUCAAAGAUCGUCGCCGUCGGCGCCGGUGUCGGAGCGUCUCUCGGGAUAGCCCUGCUCGCCGCCAUUGGCGCGCUCGUGUGGCAAAUACGGAAGCAGAAGAAAUACAUGGCGGUGAAUGCCGCGGCGCCGCAGCAGCAUGUAUACUCGGGUCAGCCCAAAUUUGAGCCGCCACAGCAGCACCCUGCAGAACUAGCAACGUAA